GCCGCACGGUCGCUGGGCCUGAGGCGAACGCGCGCCGAGCUCAUGGCUGCUGCACCCCCGCCGCUUCCCCGCACGCAACUGCCUCGCGCCCCCGCCUCUUCUUAACUCGAGCCCCAGCCUCCCUCUUCCGCUGCGGCUGCGUUGCGACGAUCUCCUCCUCACUCGUAGACCAACGGUACUAAACUAGUACCCACCACACAUGCCUCUCGCGGCGGCGGCCGCCGCCUCCUGCCCGUCCCCUGUCGGCCUCGCACGCCCCUUAUGCCGUGUCUACGCGCAUCUGCGAUGCCGGCGAAGGUUCCGAUUGGAGGCGAGCUCGUCGGCGCCCGCGCCGGUCGCGGCGGAUGAGGGGGCCGGAGCGGGGCCGUGCCCCGUGGCCAGGUUCGACAUGGCCGACUUCGCCGUCGCCGACCGCGUCAGCGUCGGGCUCCACGGACGGUCGGACGAGAUGAUCUUCGAGGCCACGGUGCGCGAUCCGAGCAGCGAGCUGUACGGGUCAACCGUGGUGCUGCGGCAGCUGAAGAGCUCGCAAGCGAAGCGCAGGGGCCGACGCGCGUUGGAGGUGCUGAAGAAGCUGGCUCGCCGCCAGAUGAUGUACCACUCGUACGCGCUGCAGGUCCAUGGCUACAUCACUCCGGGCAAUGCCGUGGAGGAGGAAGAUGGCCCAUUCAUAUUGGUGCAUGGGUAUCAUGGGAGUUAUUCCUUGCGUCACUGGCUGCAACUCUCGGAUUGGCUCCCAACCUUAGAAGCAACAUUAGCAUUGGAUGAAGAACAAGUUAGGAGGGUAGGAGAUGACUCCGUAGGAGGACCAGCUGUAACUCGACAGCUACGUUUAAUCAGGAUAUUGAUGAGAGACCUUUUGAUUGGUGUAAAUUAUCUGCAUAGCCAUGGGCUGGCACAUACUGAGCUUAGACUAGAGAAUGUUCACGUGAGCCCAAUAGACAAGCAUGUUAAAGUUGGUAUUCUUGGAAAUGCUGCUGAUUUUCAUGACAGUGAUCCUAGCAGUAGUACAGAAGCAAGUAACAAAGAAAGGCGGAAAAUGAUGAUAGCAUUUGACAUGAGAUGCGUUGGCUUCAUCAUGGCAAAGAUGGUUUUGAGAGAGCUAAUGGAUUCUUCAACUUUCUUUAAAUUCAAAUCAUUCAUGACAAAGGGAAAUGACCCAUCCUGUUUGCGUGAGUUCCUUCUACCAACUCUGUCCCAAAAUUAUCCAUCUGGGAAUAUUGGUUUGCAGAUGCUAGAUAGGCACUGGGGUGCUGGUUGGAAUCUUUUGGCCUUAUUGCUUGCGACAAAACCUGACAAAAGGAUAAGUUGUCUUGAUGCAUUGCGGCACCCCUUCCUCUGUGGACCUAAAUGGCGUAUAAAUCCAUCAGUGAAUAUCAUACGAUGGGGCUUGGGAUCAACUGCUGUCCGCAUGGCUGAAGAUUAUAUCUAUGGACGUCAUCAGCGUAGACGGUUAGCAUAUUUCGUUGAAUUGAUGGAGGUGCUAAACCCUAAUUUAAGAACAGAGAAUUGGCUUCACCAUCUACCUGGUCGUUGGCGUCUCUUAUACUGUACUGGAAGACACAUUGGUCUAACACUUCGUCAGCCUUCCCCUAGAAUCCUCAUCAGCGAUGUGUUCCUCACAUUUGCACAAACUUCAGAGUCCAUGGAGCCAGUCUUCUCUCUGACCUCAGAUAUUGGUUUCAGAAUUAUGCCAGAAUCUAAUUGGCCUCAUGACAAAUCUGGCACUGAAGGAACUUUGUCUGUUACAACAUCAGCAGGGAUAGCUUCUGGUAGGAUUUAUAUCAAUGAAGAGGAUAGUACGGAGAGCAGGAUCACAUCUUCUAGAUCUUCUAGGAAAUAUCUUCGUGAUAGAUGGGGAAAAUUUUCAAAAAUGAAGGAGCUGCCAUCUAGCCUCCCCACUGUAAGCAUUGCUAUGGAUGAAGUCGACGUAUCCAUGAGCUGCAGCUCGACUUUGAAUGUCGACUCUGCACAAAAGGUGCUGCAAGAGGUCCGUACACAGACCCCACCGGAAAUGUUUGAUUUAUCAAAGAUUGUCUGCGGGACAUACAUUGAUGCAAGGCUGAUGAUUCUUCGUGGUGUUAAUGGGUCGGCUUUACUUUUCAUUAGAUCAAAUCCUACAGCUGACUCCUGAGGAGAAUCACCAUGAGCCUUGUAAUGCAAAAUAAUUUGCCUGUACAUUCUUGUAUUUGUAGCUGUACAUUCAUUUGCAAUAAGUGUACAUAAUAAGGUGUGUAGGCCCAAGUUGGACUGUUAUAUUCUUUGUGAUGGGCUUUUGGUCUAAGCCUCACGGCUGAAGCUCCUCCA